AUGUAUCUAAUGAGCACGAGAAACUAUCUUUCUGGUCUGCCCACCAGGAGAGUGACCAAGAAGGUGAAGGUGGACACCUCCACCUUCAUGACUCCAUACCUGGCUCACAGCCACAAGAUGGUGGAGCAGUUCAGCAACAACAAGUACCGUCAGGCGUACGACCAGUCCAGGGGGCAGCCGCCCGCCAUCACCAUGGAUACGCCCGAGAUGAUCCGCAUUCGCAAGGCCCAGGAGCAACUCAGCGAGAUCAAAUACCGCAUGGAGGGCAACAAGUCCAAGACGAGCAGCAUGUACGACGGCGAGGCGCGGGAGAUCGCUCACGUCAAGCAGGUGUCAGACCUCAUCAGCAAGGUCCUCUACAGGCAGAAGUGGGACGAGACCAAGGACAAGUACCUGCUGCCCCCGGAUGCUCCUGAGCUGGUCCUGGCAGUGAAGAACGCCGCAAACUGCAGCAAAAAACGCUACACGGAGGACUGGGAUGAAGAGAAGACCAUGUUCUGUCCCUACAUCGACAGCCCUGAACUACGUCGUGUGGCCCAGGCACAGGAAGUGCUCAGUGACGUCCAGUACAAGAAAGGUCACGAGCAGCGCCUGGCCAAGUACACGUCCCUGCCGGACCCCCCCGAGGUGGAGAUGGCCAAGAGAGCCAACGAUCAGCUCAGUGAUCUCAAGUACAGAGAGGAGUACAAUAAGACGGUGAAGGGUCAAUGGUGUGAGACGCCCUACUUCGACGUGGCCACGGCCAGGGUGGCCAUGGAGAACCUGAGCCACAGAAAAUACACGCAAGACUACGAGGACAAAAAAGACCAAAUCUAUUUCAUGGAAACAGACACGCCCGUGUACGACACCCACAAGAAGGCUCAGUCCACUGCGAGUGGGGUGACGUAUAAGAAGGAGUACGAGAGGACGAAAGCCGAGUCGGACUACAACACGCUCCCCGCCACAGAGAAUCCUCGGCUCAGGCAGCUCAGAUACGCCGGCAACAUUCUCAGUGAUAAAGUGUACAAGGACAACUAUGAGAAGUCCCGAGGCUCCAGCAUCAACUACUGCGAAACGCCCAAGUUCCAGAUGGACUCUGUGCUCAAACAAUUCACGGACAAGCGCUACAAAGAGAAGUACGACAACGAGGUGAAGGGUCACUACGUCGGCAGCUACGAAGACGUCUACAUGCUUCACUGCCAACAGGCGGAGGAAAUGAAGAAAGAGCACCUGUACAAGGCCGACUACGAAGAGAUGAAAACCCAGUGCUUCUUCCCUCAAACCGCCACGGCCGAGUACGAAGCCACCAAGAAGCUGCAGCAGUGCAACGACAACGUUUACCGGCAACACCCGGACACGGUGAAGUUUACUCAAGUGAUGGACUCGCCGGUGAUGGUUCAAGCGGCCAUCAACGCCAAACAGCUGAGUGACCUCAACUACAAGGCAAAAUACGAGGAAACAAAGGGCAACAACAGUCUGCCUCCAGACUAUCCUUUCUUUGUGCAGUCCAGAGUGAACGCCUUCAAUAUUAGCGACAACUGCUACAGGUAUGACUGGGAGAGAGACAAAGCCAAGAAGUUUGAGGUCAAAGGCGACGCCAUCUCGAUCCUGGCUGCCCGUGCUCACACCAACAUUGCUAGCGACGUGAAAUACAAGAAGGAAUAUGAGAAGAACAAGGGUCAGAUGGUUGGAGCGCUCAGUAUCCACGAUGAUCCCAAGAUCCUGCACUCCGUUCACGUGGCCAAGAUCCAGAGUGAUCGUGAAUACAAAAAGGACUACGAGAAGAUCAAGACCAAGUACCACACGCCGCUGGACAUGAUGUCAGUCACUCAAGCCAAGAAGUCGCAGGGCAUCGCCAGCAUGACGGGCUACAGGAGCAUCAACACCAACUUCUUCCUUCCUCACGACACGGUGCAGCUGGACACGGCCAAGAAAGCCAACAUCAUCCAGAGCGACAACGAGUACAAGUCAGACUACAACCUCUACAUGAAGGGAACCCCGUGGGUUCCUUUCGGCUCCCUAGAUGUGGAAAAUGCCAAGAACGCCGGACAAAUCCUGGAUGAGAAAAAAUACAGAACACAUCCCGAUACCAUCCCCUUCACUUCGAUCGAUGACCACCCCGUCAUGUUGCAAGCCAAAGUCAACCAGCUCCUGAGGAGUGACCGCUUCUACAAGAAAGGUCUGGAGGAGAUCCAUCAGAAGUACUCACUGCCCGUUGACAUCCCAGAGUUCCUCCAGGCGAAGUGCAACGCCUACAACUUCAGCAAUAACUACUACAAGUACGCGUGGCAGGACAUACUCGCUAAAGGUUACGACCUGAGACCUGACGCUAUUCCCAUUGUCGCCGCCAAAGCUGCCAGACACGCUGCCAGCGAUGUCCAGUACAAGAAGGCGUACCAGAAGGCAAAGGGUCAACACGUGGGCUUCCGCAGCCUGCAGGACGACCCUCUGCUGGUUCACUACAUGGAGGUGGCCAAGCUGCAGAGUGACAAGAACUACAAGAAGGACUACCACAAGCUCAAGCUGAAGUACCACACCCCGGUGGACAUGCUGAGUGUGGCCCACGCCAAACAUGCAUCGAAGGUGCAGACCUCAACCGGCUACAAGCAGCGCCACCACAAUUUCUGCAUCCUACCGGACGCCAUGAACCUGCAUCUGGCUCGCACUAUGAACUACAAUGCCAGCGACUACCAAUAUAAACAAGAUUAUGAGACCUCGAUGAAAGGAAUCGGCUGGGUUCCAAUCGGCUCGCUGGAGGUGGAGAAGGCAAAGGCGGCAGCAGCAGCCCUGGAUGAGAGGAAGUACAGACAACACCCCGACACCAUUAAAUUCACCAGCGUCACCGACUCCAUGAACAUGGAGCUCGCCAAGGCCAACUCCAAGAGUCUUAAUAUGAAAAACUACAAGGCCAGCGGCGAGGAGUUCAAACACACCUAUAGUCUUCCUGUUGAUGCUCCUGAACUGGUGCUAGCCAAAUACAACGCCGCAAACAUCAGCCAGAAUAACUACACCUACGCCCACCGCAGAGAUAUACUCAAAGGGCAUCACAUGAAGGAAGACGCCAUUCCCAUUGUUGCGGCUAAAACCUCCAGAGACAUUGCCAGCAAUUACAAGUACAAACUGGCACACGAGAAGGCCAGGGGUCAACACGUGGGCUUCCGCAGCCUGCAGGACGACCCUCUGCUGGUUCACUACAUGGAGGUGGCCAAGCAGCAGAGCGACAAGAACUACAAGAAGGACUACCACAAGGCCAAGCUGAAGUACCACACCCCGGUGGACAUGCUGAGUGUGGCCCAGGCCAAACACUCCUCAGGUGUCCAAACCAUGAUUGGCUACAGGACGUACCUUCACGACUACACGCUCCUUCCUGACAACAUGCGGGUGCAGCUCUGCAGGGACAUGAUGGAGAAACAGAGUGACAACGCAUACAAGUCCGACUACACCAACUACUACAAAGGAUCCGGCUGGGUUCCCAUUGGUUCUCUGGACGUUGAGAAAGCCAAAGCUGCCCACCUGGCCCUGGCUGAGCGGGGCUACCGUCAGCAUCCCAGCUCUCUGAAGUUCACCAGCACCACGGACAGCAUGAACAUGACUCUGGCCAUGGCCAACUCCAAGCAGCUGGACAGUGCCGCCUACAAGGCUUCUGGUGAGAAGUUCAAGCACACCUAUCACCUGCCGGCUGACAGUCCCGAGUUCAUCCAGGCCAAAUUUAAUGCUCAGACCCUCAGUGAGAGUCAAUACAGGCAGAAGUGGAUGGACGAUAUCGCCAAAGGAUACGACCUGAGGUUGGACGCCAUUCCCAUCCAGCAUGCCAAACAAGGCAGACAUAUUGCCAGCGAUGUGCAAUACAAGAAAGCAUUUGAGAAGGCCAGGGGCCACCACGUGGGCCUCCGCAGUCUGCAGGACGACCCUCUCCUGGUUCACUACAUGGAGGUGGCCAGGUUUCAGAGUGACAAGAACUACAAGAAGGACUACCACAAGGCCAAGCUGAAGUACCACACCCCGGUGGACAUGCUGAGCGUGGUCCACGCCAAGCAGGCGUCAGCCGCUCAGACGAUGACCGGCUACAGGAAGAUGCACCACAGCAACGCUCUCCUCCCUGACGCCAUGAACUUUGUGCUGGCUCGCACCAUGAACGCCCAGUCCAGCGAUUGUGAUUACAAGUCGGAAUGGAACAACUACAUCAAAGGUAUCGGCUGGGUCCCGAUGGGCUCCCUUGCAGUAGAAACGGCGAAGGUCGGUGGUGAGAUUCUCAACGAGAACAAGUACCGCACUCACCCGUCCACCUUCAAGCACAAAAAGCUGAUGGACUCCAUGGACAUCGCGCUGGCCACGGCCAACAACCAGAUCAUGAAUAAGCAAGCUUACACGGCAGCUUGGGAAAAGGACAAACUAAAAGUCCACGUCAUGCCAGAUGCUCCUGAGAUUGUCCUGGCCAAGGCCAACGCUCUCAACAUGAGCAACAAACUUUACAAAGCCGGCCUGAUAGAGCUGGCCAACAAGGGCUACAACCUAAAAGCGGACGCCAUUCCAAUCGUAGCUGCCAAGUCAAACACAAGUAUUGCUAGCAACUACAAGUACAAACUGGCACACGAGAAGGCCAGGGGCCACCACGUGGGCUUCCGCAGCCUGCAGGACGACCCUCUCCUGGUUCACUACAUGGAGGUGGCCAGGUUUCAGAGUGACAAGAACUACAAGAAGGACUACCACAAGGCCAAGCUGAAGUACCACACCCCGGUGGAUAUGCUAAGCGUGGUCCAUGCCAAGCAGGCGUCAGCCGCUCAGACGAUGACCGGCUACAGGAAGAUGCACCACACCAACGCUCUCCUCCCUGACGCCAUGAACUUUGUGCUGGCUCGCACCAUGAACGCCCAGUCCAGCGAUUGUGAUUACAAGUCGGAAUGGAACAACUACAUUAAAGGUAUCGGCUGGGUCCCGAUCGGCUCCCUUGCAGUAGAAACGGCGAAGGUCGGUGGUGAAAUUCUCAACGAGAACAAGUACCGCACUCACCCGUCCACCUUCAAGCACAAAAAGCUGAUGGACUCCAUGGACAUCGCGCUGGCCACGGCCAACAACCAGAUCAUGAAUAAGCAAGCUUACACGGCAGCUUGGGAAACAGAUAAACUGAAAGUCCACGUCAUGCCAGAUGCUCCUGAGAUCGUCCUGGCCAAGGCCAACGCUCUCAACAUGAGCAACAAACUUUACAAAUCUGGCCUGGCGGAGAUGGCCAACAAGGGCUACAACCUCAGAGCUGAUGCCAUCCCCAUUCUGGCUGCAAAGUCCGGCACCAACAUCGCCAGCGACUACAAGUACAAGUUGGCCUACGAGAAGGCCAGGGGCCACCAUUUGGGCUUGCGCAGUGUGCAGGACGACCCUCUGCUGGUUCACUACAUGGAGCUGGCCAAGCAGAAGAGCGACCAGAACUACAAGAAAGACUACAACAAGGCCAAGCUGAAGUUCCACUCGCCGGUGGACAUGGUGAGCGUGGCCCACGCCAAACACGCCUCAGCUAUUCAGACCAUGACCGGCUACAAGAAGUUUAGUCCUCACUACACCGUCCUGCCUGACGCCAUGAACCUGGAACUGGCCCGCAACAUGCAGUUCAUUGCGAGUGAUAACCAAUACAAGAGUGACUACCAGAGCUUCAUGAGAGGAAUAGGAUGGGUCCCUAUUGGUUCACUGGAUGUUGAGAAGGCAAAAACAGCCGGCAAAAUCUUCAGUGAGACACAAUACCGGCAACAUCCCAGUAAAUAUAAGUUCACUAAAGACAUGCAGUCCAUGGACCUGGCCCUGGCCACCGCUAACAACCAGAUAAUGGAUAAGCAAUCUUACACCAAAGUCUGGGACGUUGACAAGAGAACCAAUCACAUCAUGCCGGACGCCAUGGACAUUAUUCUGGCCCGGGACAACAGGAAGAACUACAGCGAGAAACUGUACCGACUGGACCAUGAGCUGGCCAAGAAGAAGGGUCACAAUCUCCACGCUGACGCCAUCCCUGUCCAGGCUGCUAAGGCCUCUACUGUCAUUGCUAGCGACUACAAAUACAAGGCUGGAUACCGCAAGCAGGUGGGCCACCACAUCGGGGCCCGCAGCGUCCAGGACGACCCUCUCCUCAUGCUGGCCCUGAACUCCGCCAAGAUCGCCAGCGACGCCCUCUACAAGAAGGACUUCAACAUGUCCAAGACCAAGUUCAACUUGCCGGUGGACAUGCUGGCCUUUGAACUGGCCAAGAAGAACCAGAUGCAGGUCAACCACACCAACUACAUCACCCGCCUGCACAACUGGACCUGCCUGCCCGACUCCAACGACGUGGUCCAGGCCAGACACGCCUACAACCUGCAGAGCGACGCGAUCUACAAAGAGGAGCUGAAGACUCUACAGGGGAUUGGCUGGGUGCCCAUGGGCUCGCUGGAUGUGGAGAAGGUGAAGAAAGCGGGCGAGAUCUUGAAUGAGAGAAAGUACCGUCAGCACCCGAGCAACUACAAGUUUAAGGUCACUACAGAGGACAUGCCCAUGGUUCUGGCAAAGGCCAACGCUCAAGUCAUGAACAAGCACGCCUACACUGAAGCCUGGGAGGCAGAUAAGACUCUCAUCCACGUCAUGCCUGAUGCUAUGGACGUUGUGCUGGCCAAAGCAAACAAAGCCAACUACAGCCUGAAAGCUUACAAGCAGGCAAAUGAAGAUGCAAAGAAGAAAGGUUACGACAUGCGCAAUGAUGCCAUACCCAUCAUUGCAGCAAGACUCUCCAGGGACAUUGCCAGUGAUUACAAGUACAAGACAGGAUACCGCAAGCAGGUGGGCCACCACAUCGGGGCCCUCAGCGUCCAGGACGACCCUCUCCUCAUGCUGGCUCUGAACUCGGCCAAGAUCGCCAGCGACGCCCUCUACAAGAAGGACUUCAACCAGUCCAAGACCAAGUUCAACCUUCCAGUGGACAUGCUGGCCUUUGAACUGGCCAAGAAGAACCAGAUGCAGGUCAACCACACCAACUACAUCAAACGCCUGCACCAGUGGACUUGUUUGCCCGACUCCAACGAUGUCGUCCAGGCCAGACACGCUUACAACCUGCAGAGCGAUGUUGUCUACAAAGAGGAGCUGAAGACGCUGCAGGGUAUUGGCUGGGUGCCUAUUGGCUCGCUGGAUGUUGAGAAGGUGAAGAAAGCAGGUGAGAUCCUGAAUGAGACUAAGUAUCGUCAGCAUCCGAGCAACUACAAGUUUAAGGUCACAACCGAGGACAUGCCCAUGGUUCUGGCUAAGGCCAACGCCCAAAACAUGAAUAAGAAAGCCUACAUCGAAGCCUGGGAAAAGGACAAGACCAAUAUUCACGUCAUGCCGGACGCCAUGGAUGUGCUUCUUGCAAAAGCAAACAAUGUCAACUAUAGCUUGAAAGCUUACAAGCAGGCACAUGAAGAUGCAAAGAAGAAGGGUUAUGACAUGCGCAAUGAUGCCAUACCCAUCAUUGCAGCAAAGGCUUCCAGGGACAUUGCCAGCGAUUACAAGUACAAGACUGGAUACCGCAGGCAGGUCGGCCACCACAUCGGGGCCCGCAGCGUCCAGGACGACCCUCUCCUCAUGCUGGCUCUGAACUCGGCCAAGAUCGCCAGCGACGUCCUCUACAAGAAGGACUUCAACCAGUCCAAGACCAAGUUCAACCUUCCAGUGGACAUGCUGGCCUUUGAACUGGCCAAGAAGAACCAGAUCCAGGUCAACCACACCAACUACAUCACCCGCCUGCACAACUGGACCUGCCUGCCCGACUCCAAUGAUGUCGUCCAGGCCAGGCACGCCUACAACCUGCAGAGCGACGCGGUCUACAAAGAGGAGCUGAAGACUCUGCAGGGGAUUGGCUGGGUGCCUAUUGGCUCGCUGGAUGUGGAGAAGGUGAAGAAAGCUGGCGAAAUCUUAAAUGAGAGAAAGUACCGUCAGCACCCGAGCAACUACAAGUUUAAGGUCACUACAGAACACAUGCCAAUGGUUCUGGCAAAGGCCAACGCUCAAAUCAUGAAUCAGAAAGCCUACAUCGAAGCCUGGGAAAAUGAGAAGACCAAUAUCCAUGUCAUGCCGGACGCCAUGGAUGUGCUUCUUGCAAAAGCAAACAAUGUCAACUAUAGCUUGAAACAUUACAAGCAGGCAAACGAAGACGCCAAGAAGAGGGGUUACGACUUGCCCAAAGAUGCCAUUUCCAUCAUUGCGGCAAAGGCUUCCAGGGACAUUGCCAGCGACUACAAGUACAAGACAGGAUACCGCAAUCAAGUCGGCCACCACAUCGGGGCCCGCAGCGUCCAGGACGACCCUCUCCUCAUGCUGGCUCUGAACUCGGCCAAGAUCGCCAGUGACGUCCUCUACAAGAAGGACUUCAACCAGUCCAAGACCAAGUUCAACCUUCCAGUGGACAUGUUGGCCUUUGAACUGGCCAAGAAGAACCAGAUGCAGGUCAACCACAACAACUACAUCAAACGCCUGCACCAGUGGACUUGUUUGCCCGACUCCAACGAUGUCGUCCAGGCCAGACACGCCUACAACCUGCAGAGCGACUCUGUCUACAAGGCCGACUUGAAGUGGCUCCAGGGUAUUGGCUGGGUCCCCGCUGGCUCACUGGAGGUAGAGAAGGCCAAGAAGGCUGCAGAUAUCCUGAGUGAACGGAAGUACCGUCAGCCUCCCAGCGCUCUUCCCUUCACCAGCACCAUCGAUGCAAUGAACUUGACGCUGGCAAAGAAUAACGCUUUAACCAUGAACAAGCGUCUCUACAUUGAAGCAUGGGAGAACGAUAAGACCAACCUGCACAUCAACCCUGAUACUCCCGAGAUCAUCCUUUCUCAGCAGAAUGCUAUAAACAUGAGCAGGAAACUCUAUAGACAAGGUUUUGAGGCCACCAUCAAGAAAGGCUAUUUCCUACCAGCAGACGCAAUCGCUGUGAAGAGUGCCAAGGCCUCGAGGGAUAUUGUCAGUGAUUACAAGUACAAGACGGGCUACCGGCAACAAGUGGGCCACCACAUCGGCGCUCGUAGCAUCCGUGACGACCCUCUGAUGAUGCUGGCUCUGAACUCCGGCAAUAUCGCCAGCGAUGUCCUCUACAAGAAGGACUUCAACAAGUCUAAGACCAAGUUCAACCUACCGGUGGACAUGCUCAGCCUUGAACUGGCCAAGAAAUGCCAGAUCCAGGUCAACCACGCCAACUACAUCACCCGCCUGCAUCAGUGGACUUGUCUGCCCGACUCCAACGACGUGGUCCAGGCCAGGAAAGCCUACGAUCUUCAGAGUGACGCUGUGUACAAAGCGGACCUGGAAGAGAUUGUGGGUGUCGGGUGGGUGCCUAUUGGCUCGCUCGACGUGCUGAAAGCCAAGCAUGCUGGGAAGAUUCUGAGUGACCGUCUUUACAAGCUGAAGCCAGACACUCAGAAAUACACAACAGACAUGACUUCCAUGCCCAUGCUCCUCGCCAAAGUAAAUGCUGACAACAUGAACAAGAAAAACUACAUUGCUUCUUGGGAGGCUGAAAAAGUUAGGAAUCACGUAAAUGCUCAACUGCCCGAGCUGCUCCUCUCCAAAGCAAACGCUUACAACAUCAGCAAGAAACUGUACAAGCAAGCCGUGGAGGACAUGUUCAGACAGGGCUACAACAUGAAACAGGAUGCAGUCUCCAUAGUAGCUGCCAAACACGGAAGAGAUAUAAUUAGUGACUACAAGUACAAGACCGGAUACCGCAGGCAAGUUGGCCACCACAUCGGUGCGCUUAGCAUUAAAGACGAUCCCCUGAUCAUGCUGGCCCUGAACUCUGGUAAGAUCGCCAGCGACGUCCUGUACAAGAAGGACUUUAACAAGUCCAAGACCAGGUUCAACCUGCCUGUGGACAUGCUAAACCUUGAGCUGGCCAAGAAAUGCCAGAUCCAAGUCAACGACUUCAACUACAGAACUCGUCUGCAUAACUGGACCUGUCUGCCAGACUCAAAUGACGUGGUCCAGGCCAGGAAGGCGUACGACCUUCAGAGUGACGCUGUAUACAAAGCGGACAUGGAAUGGAUCAAGGGAGCAGGGUGGGUCCCCAUCGGCUCAGUGGAUGUCGAGAAAGCUAGAAAAGCGUCCGAGAUCUUGAGUGAGAGGAGGUAUCGUCAGCCUCCCACUACCUUCAAAUUCACAGCCAAUAUUGCCGACAUGCCGUAUGCCCUCGCUCAGGCCAACGCCAAAACCAUGGAUAAGAAAGCGUACGUGUCGGCGUGGGAGAGCGACAAGACCAACCUUCACAUCAUGCCGGAUACACCUGCGAUCAUCCUGGCCAAGCAGAAUAAACUCAACACCAGUCUGAAAUAUUACCGUGAAGGCUACAUGGACACCAUCAAAAAUGGUUACAUCCUCCCUAAAGACGCAAUUUCUGUUAAAUCAGCCAAAGCUUCUCGGGACAUCAUCAGCGAUUACAAAUACAAGACGGGCUACCGCAAUCAGCGUGGUCAUCACAUCGGCGCCCGCAGCGUGAGGGACGACCCACUGAUUAUGCUGGCAGCUCAUGCCGCCAACAUCUCCAGCGACAACAUCUACAAGAAGGACUUCAACAUGACCAAGACCAAAUAUAAUCUGCCUGUUGACAUGCUGGCCCUGGAAUUGGCAAAGAAAUGCCAGCAGCAAGUGAACGACUUCACCUACAGGACUCACCUGCACCAGUGGACCUGCCUGCCUGACUCCAGCGACGUCGUCCAGGCCCGAAAGGUCUACGACCUCCAGAGUGACGCUGUGUACAAAGCCGACAUGGAGUGGUUCAAGGGAUGCGGCUGGUCACCGGAAGGUUCCGUGGCUGUUGUCAAAGCCAAAAGGGCACAGGACAUUCUCAACGAAACACUAUACCGUCAGCCCCCGAGCACGAUCAAGUUCACCAGUGUGGUUGACCUGCCGGCCAUUGUCCUGUCCAAGCAAAAUGCAAAGAACCUCAGCGCUAGGAAUUACACGGAACUUUGGGAGAAUGAAAAGACUUCUUUUAUGCUCCCGGCUGACACUCCUGGCCUUCAGUUGUCCAAGGCAAACUCUAUCAACAUCAGCAAUAAACUGUACACUAAGUCUUGGGAUGAUCAGAAGGCCAAAGGCUACCUUAUCAAGGAGGAUGCCAUCGCCGUGCUCAAGGCCAAAGCUUCCAGAGAUAUUAUUAGCGACUACAAGUAUAAGGAAGGAUACCGCAGGCAGGUCGGCCACCACAUUGGUGCCCGCAGUGUGCAAGACGAUCCCUUGAUCAUGCUGGCUAUGAACUCGGCCAAGAUCGCCAGCGAAGUCCUCUACAAGAAGGACUUUAACAAGUCCAAGACCAAGUUCAACCUUCCGGUGGAUAUGCUGAACCUUGAAUUGGCCAAGAAAUGCCAGAUUCAAGUCAACGACUUUAACUACAGAACACAUUUGCACAACUGGACCUGCCUGCCGGACUCGAACGACGUUGUCCAGGCCAGAAAGGCGUAUGACCUGCAGAGCGAUGCUGUGUACAAAGCCGAUAUGGAGUGGCUACGUGGAUGUGGUUGGAUACCACAUGAGUCGGUGGAGGUUUUAAGGGUGAAGAAUGCACAGAAGAUCCUGGCUGAGAGAGGCUACAGGGUCAAGAUGGACGACCAGGCAUUUGGUGUUCCAACUGACAGAGUCGACUUGAUGUGCGCCAAGAAUGCUGCUGAUGUACUCAACGAGACCAAAUAUCGUGAGGCUUGGCAUAAGGAUAAGACCAACUACACGCUGGUGGACACUCCGACGAUGGCCACAGCCAGAGAGGCGACUAAGAAUGUUCACCCGAAACUUUACUCCAAUGACUGGGAAAACGUGAAGGCCACUGGCUACUUUAUGCCUGAAGAUGCAGUGUCAAUAAAGCAGUGCAUCAACUCGUCUAAAGUGCAAAGCCAUUAUAAAUACCUGGAGGGAUACCGUAAGCAGGUCGGCCACCACAUUGGCGCUCUCAGCGUCCAGGACGACCCUCUCCUCAUGUUGGCUCUUAACUCAGCCAAGAUCGCCAGUGAUGCCCUCUACAAGAAGGACUUCAACAUGUCCAAGACCAAAUUCAACCUUCCAGUAGACAUGCUGCAGUUUGAGCUGGCCAAGAAAUGCCAGAUACAAGUCAACGAUGACAUAUACAGGACCCGCCUUCACCAGUGGACUUGUCUGCCAGACCAGAAUGAUGUCAUCCAGGCCAAGAAAGCCUACGAUCUUCAGAGCGAUUAUGUGUACAAGGCGGAUAUGGAAUGGUUUCGGGGCUGCGGAUGGGUGGCAGCCGAAUCUGUUGACCACGUCAGAGUCAGGAACGCGCAAGAAAUUGUCAAUCAAAGGAUCUACAAGAAGAACGCCAUUGAAGGCUAUGGAGACUAUACCCUGGUGGCAGAUUACCCAGAGAUUGUCUUGGCAAAGAUGAAUGCGACCAACGUCAGUGAUCUGAAGUACAAAGAAACCUUCAAUUCUGAGAAAGGUCAUUACAUUGGUUCCGAAGACACUCCUCAAUUGGCCCAUAGCAGGGAGAUGACCAAGAAUAUCAGUGAGAAACUCUACAAGCUCAAUUGGGACAAGUCUAAGGCUUUAGGCUACCAGCUGGACGAGGAAUAUAUCCCACUUGUCCGCGGAAAACAUGGCAGGGAUAUUGCGAGCGACGUCAAGUACAAGGAUGCCCAUGAGAAGGUAAAAGGUCAUUACAUGGCUGAAACCCUGGAGGACUUCCCAGAGGUGAUCCGAUGUGGCGACCAGGAGAUGAACAAGGGCCUGAGGCUUUACACCAAGGACUACCACGAGACUAAAAUGAAGACCCACAUCCCAACAGACGUCAUUGCCAACAGGGUGGCCAAGCGUUGCCAAGACAUGCUAAGCGACAUCAUCUACCGCACCUACCUGCACGAGUGGACCUGCCAUCCCGAACAGGAAGACGCCAUCCGCGCUCGCAAGUCCAACGAGAUUCUCAGCGAUGCGUUCUACAAGGAAGACCUGACCUGGAUGAAGGGUAUUGGUUGCUACGUUUGGGACACACCAGAGAUCAUUCGUGCCCAGGAUGCCUACCGGAUCCAAAGUGAGCUGAAGUACAGAGAAGAAGCCAAAAAAGAGUUCAACAAUUACUCCAUCGUGACGGACACGCCGGUCUAUGUGACAGCUGUUCUGGGCAACACAUGGGCCAGUGACCUGAACUACCGGGAGGCGUAUCAUAAGGAAAAGCACCUGUACACCACUGUGCUGGACACCUAUGACUAUGCCAGAUGCCACAACUUCAAAGAAUUCUUCAGUAACAAAAAAUACACCGGUCUCUGGGACAAAAUCAAAGCCAAAAGCUACCAGAUCCCACAUGACUCACGUGACAUGCAACACGCCAAAACCCAGAAGAUCAUUGUCAGCAGCAUAAAGUACAAGGAGGAUUAUGAAAAGUUCAAAUCGAUCUACAGUCUGCCCAAGUCACUGGAGGAAGAUCCUGCCACUGCUCGCUGCAUAAAUGUUGGAAAACUGGUCCUGGACCGCCUGUACAAAGAGAGCUAUGAGAAGUCUAAGGCCAGGAACCACAUCCCUCCAGACAUGCUGGAGGUCGUGUCCGCUCGCAGCACCCAGGACAAAGUUAGCUACAUCAACUACCGCAAGUAUCUGCACGAGUGGAUCUGUCUUCCUGACAUGCAGAUGAACGUCCAAGCGCGCAGAGUCAAUGAGCAGCUCAGUGACAUCUUCUACAAAGACGAUCUGAACUGGCUAAAGGGUAUUGGCUGCUAUGCCUGGGACACCCCAGAGAUCCUGCGUGUCAAGAAGUCUGGCGAUCUUCAGAGCGAAAACAAGUACAGAGCCAAAGGUAUCGAGUCUUUCAAGGAGUACUCAAUGGUGACGGACACUCCGGUGUAUCAGACUGCCAAGCAGAACGCAGUAAACCAGAGCGAUCUGCACUACCAUUCUGAUUACGUCACCCACGUGAAAGGAACCAACACCGCUCCCGCGGUCACUGUGGAACUGGAGAGAGCUCGCCUGGCCAACCACAUUCAAAGCGAUAACUGGUACAAGGUGGACAAUAAAAAGUACAUGCCCACUGGGUACACUCUGCCCCAUGACACGCCUCUCAACAAGCUGGUUAAGAACAACACCUUUGUUAGCAGCCUUGUGAAGUACAAGGAGGCCUAUGAGAUGACCAAGGCAAAGGGUUACACCAUCAACCCAGAGGGCGUCAACUUUGUCAACUACAGGAAGGUGAACAAGAUCUCAAACGAGCGCCUGUACCGGGAAGACUAUCACAAGCAUAAGGACAAGAUCCACACCACUUACGACACCCCCGAAAUCAAACAAGUCAAGUUGAACCAGGAUCAUAUCAGCGAUUUGUGGUACAAAGAGAAGUACUUCAACAGCAGAGGGCAACUGAUCUCCAUGCCCAUGACGCCGGAGCUGAUGCACUUCUACAACGUCAACAACAUCAACAGCGAGCUGAAAUACAAGGAAGAUCUGACGUGGCUCCGAGGCAUCGGCUGUUUCUUGUACGACACCCCGGAGAUGGUCCGCAUCCGCAAAGUCACUAAGUUCAAAGCUGACUACCCAGUGGAGGCCAAGAUGAACCUCCCUAACUUCUCCGUGGUCCUGGACACUCCAGAGUACAAACGUGUGAGCGAGCUCAGGAGCCACUUGAGCCAUCUGAUCUACAAAGCUAAGAGCAAAGAGGACAGGGCAAAGGUCUCCACCACCGCCGACGCAGUGGACCUCAGGAGAGCCAAAUGGGCCCAGCAGCUGACAAACCAUUACAAGUACACGGACCUGGCAGCUAAAGAACGUCCUCACUACAAACUGGAACUUGAAACACCAAACAUGGGCCUCGCGAGGAAGACCAAAGUGAUGUACAGUGACAUCAAGUACAGAGAGCAAUAUGACAGGAUGAAGCACAAGUACACCACAAUUGCCGACACACCCUUCCUGAUCUGCUCCAAGAAGUCCUACCUCCAGUCCAGUGACCUGCGAUACAAAGAGACCUUCGAGCUGGCUAAAGGACACUACCACUUUGCCAAAGACGCCCUGGACAUCACCUACCAUCGCAGAGUCACCGACGACAUCAGCAAUGUCAAGUACAGGGAAAAGUACAUCAGCUCUCGGGGAACAUGGAAGUCCAUCCCGGACCGCCCUGAGUUCUCCUUCAACAGAACUGUCAAUGACAACGUCAGCACGGUGAAGUACAAGGAGGACCUGGACUGGCUGAGAGGGAUCGGCUGCUACGUGUGGGACACGCCCGAGUUGUUGCGGGCUGAGAAGAACAAGGCGCUGUACAGUGAGAUAGUCUACAAGAGCUCACUGGAGAAAAACCUCGGGAACUUCAAGUACACGUCCAAUUCCCCGUUCUUCCACACCGUCAAGCACGCCUCCAGCCUCAUCGAUCAGCGGGCCUACAGAGCUAGUUAUGACAAGAACAAGGAUCAGUUCACCAUAACCACGGACGAUCCCAGAUACCAACUGGCCAAGGAAAACCAGAAGAUGAGCCAGAAAAAGUACAAAUCGAGAGCCAAGGAACUACUCAGGAGCGGCUGCAAUGAGCUACACCGGCCCGACAUCCUCACAGCCCUCUACGGGACCGUGUUGGGUAGUAAGUGGCAUUACAGGGAGCAGUACGAGCGCGGCAAGGACAAGUUCACCUCCAUCCUGGACACACCCGUCUACAAAACCCACAAACGCAGCCUGAAGAUCGGCGACAUCGUCUACAAGAUGGAGUACAACAAGAACAAGGCCAGGGGCUACACGCUGCCGUACGACACCCCGCACCUGCAGCUGAUGAAGAAGGUCAAGGACUUCCCCAGCAGCCUCAAGUACCGGGAGGUGUACGAGAGGAGCAAGGCCCAGAUCAACAUCAACCCGGAGGCUCACUCCAUCCGCGCCGCCAAGGAGGCCUACAACAACAUCACCAACCUCCAGUACAAGAAGAAGUACGAGGCCAUGAAGGACAAGUGGAGCUGGACGGUGGACAGGCCCGACUUCCUCACCGCCGCCAGGAGCACCGCCCAGCAGAGCGACGUGGAGUACAAGUACGACAGGGAGAUCAUGAAGGGGUGUGUGACGCCCAUUGUGGACGACAAGCUCACCGUCCUGUGCCUGAAGAACAACGUGCUGGCCAGCCAGCUGAAGUACAAGGAGAAGUACGAGAAGGCCAGGGGCCACUACCUGCACGUUGCCGACACGCCUCAAAACCUCCACUCCAAGUCUGUGCGCCACCUUUCAUCCGAGACCAAGUACAAGGCGGCCAGCAAGAAACAGAGGCAGUCCGGCUCCUUCACCAUCAUGCCGGAGACCCGGGACACGGUCCACAGCAAGGAAAUCAACAAGCUUGUCAGCAAGAAUGUGUACAAAGCCAAGUUUGAGAAGGACAAGGGCAAGGCGGUGUACAACCACAUGAGGGUGCCACCUGAUGUCGGCCACGCCAUGGACGUCAACAUAAAACAGAGCGACCUGGCCUACAAGAAGAACGUCAAGGCCAACCUACACUACACGACCGUGGCGGACCGACCCGACAUCAAGAAGGCCACGCAGACGGCUAAACUCGUCAGCGAGAUUGGCUACCGUAACAAAGCCCGAGAAGAGGCCAGUCGUGGAGGAUCUCUGCUCUACCGGCCGGACAUCAAGUUGGCCACGGACGUGUGCAAGCUGAACAGCCAGCUGAAGUACAAAGAGAAGUUUGACAAGGAAAUGAAGGGCAAGCGUCCGCAGUACGACCUGAAGGAGAGCAAGAUCUACCAGACGUAUAAGGACGCCAACACGCUCGCCAGUGAGGUGAAGUACAAAGGUGACCUGAAGAAGAUGCACAAGCCUGUGACCGACAUGGCCGAGUCUCUGUCCAUGCAGCACGGCCUGAACACCAGCAGGCUGUCCAGCGACUACUGCUACAAGAGGAAGUUUGAGGAGAGUAAGGGUCACUACCACAUGAUUCCUGACACACCCGAGCAGCUUCAUCACAAGGAGGCUUCUGAGCUGCAGAGCCACAUCAAGUACAAGGAGAAGUACGAGAAGGAGAGGGGCAAGGCCAUGUUGGACUUUGAGACGCCCACAUACGUCACGGCCAAGGAAGCGCAGCACAUGCAGAGCCAGAAAGACUAUAAGAAGGACUUUGAGGAGUCCAUGAAGGGCAAGAACCUCUCCGGCUUGGAGGUCACGCCCGCCAUGCUCCAUGUCAGACAUGCCACCAAAAUAGCCAGUGAGAAAGAGUACAGGAGGGAUCUAGAAGAGGGCGUGAAGGGUAAAGGGCUAACUGUGCUGGAGGAAACUCCUGAGCUUUUGAGAGCAAGGAAUGCCACUCAAAUCCUGUGUGAGAAAGACUACAAGAAGGCACUGGAGCAGGACAUUAAGGGCAAGGGAAUGUUGGCUCUGGCGAACGACACCCCGGACUUCAUGAGGGCAAAGAACGCGACUGACAUCCUCAGCCAGGUGAAGUACAAGCAGACCGCAGAGAUGGACCGAGCCAGCUACACCUCCGUCAUCGAUACUCCGGACAUCAUCCACGCGCAGCAGAUGAAGAAUAUCAUCAGCCAGAAAAAGUACAAAGAAGAGGCUGAGAAGACCAUGUCUCACUAUGUGCCUGUUCUGGACACUCCUGAGAUGCUGAGAGUCCGUGAGAACCAGAAGAACUUCAGCACUCUUCAGUACCAGACUGACCUUAAGUUCAUAAGGGGCCAUGGGUCUGCUGUAAUCACCCCUGAAAUGCUUCGUGUUAAAGAGAAUACAAAGAAUUUCAGCUUGAUUCAGUACAAAGAGGAUUUGGGAGGAGGAACCGCAAUGCCUGGAACCCCUGAGAUGGAGAGGGUUAAACAAAACCAGCGCAACAUAAGCACGAUACAGUACAAGGAUUCUCUGAGUCAAGGCACAGCCAUACCUGAUCUCCCUGAGGUGAAGCGGGUCCGAGAAACCCAGAAGAAUAUCAGCUCGGUAGAAGACAGAACUCCAGUUAUCCUCGUGUACCCCGGGUCUGUUGAAUACAGACUGCUAUCACCACCAGCUGGUAUAGAGCUGAUGGCUUCCCAGACUUGGUUUGCAUCCCCAAAUUCAAGUGUCGGUCAGGCUCUGCCGUUAGUAAAAACUACUUUAAGAGUGUCACCAAAAUGUUUGACUUUUUUGUCUCAUUCCAAGCUGCAAUACAAAGAAGACUUGGGACAAGGCACGUCAGUGUCAGAGACACCAGAGAUGGAGCGAGUUAGACGCAAUCAGCAAAACAUAAGCACGAUACACUACAAGGAUUCUCUGAGUCAAGGCACAGCCAUACCUGAUCUCCCUGAGGUGAAGCGGGUCCGAGAAACCCAGAAGAAUAUCAGCUCGCUGCAAUACAAAGAAGACUUGGGACAAGGCACGUCAGUGUCAGAGACACCAGAGAUGGAGCGAGUUAGAUGCAAUCAGCAAAACAUAAGCACGAUACAGUACAAGGAUUCUCUGAGUCAAGGCACAGCCAUACCUGAUCUCCCUGAGGUGAAGCGGGUCCGAGAAACCCAGAAGAAUAUCAGCUCGCUGCAAUACAAAGAAGAAUUGGGACAAGGCACGUCAGUGUCAGAGACACCAGAGAUGGAGAGAGUUAGACGCAAUCAACAAAAUAUUAGCACGAUCAAAUACAGGGACUCUUUGGACCGGGGAACAGCUAUAUCAGACCUGCCAGAGGUGAAGCGGGUCAAGCAAACCCAGAGGCACAUCAGCUCGGUCUUGUAUAAGGACAGUUCUGCCAAGGGAACCCCCAUGGUGUACACUCCAGAGAUGGAGCGAGUCAAAAGGAACCAAGAGAACAUUAGCUCGGUGUUGUAUUCCGACAGCUUCCGCAAGCAAGUCCAGGGCAAGGCUGCCUUCAUUCUGGACACCCCCGAGAUGAGGCGUGUCAGGGACUCCCAGCGCAACAUAUCUGGGGUGCGAUACCACGAGGACUUUGAGAGGAGCAAGGGCAGCUUCACCCCCGUCACCACGGACCUGGUGAUAGAGCGCGUGAAGAAGAACACCCAGGACUUCAGCGACAUCAACUACCGCGGCAUCCAGAGGCGCGUGGUGGAGAUGGAGAAGAGACGCGCCGUGGAGCAGGACCAGGAAACCAUCACCGGUCUGAAGGUGUGGCGCACAAACCCCGGCUCCGUGUUUGACUACGAUCCCGCCGAGGACAACAUCCAGUCUCGCAGUCUGCACCUGAUGUCAGUGCACGCACAACGCCGCAGCAAGGACCACUCCCGCUCCACCAGCGGCCUGAGCGGCACGGCGGACGAGAAAUCUGAGCUGUCCCAGGACUACUACGUGUCCACCCAGGGCCACCGCUUGUCCACCCAGGACCAGGGAGUCUCCACCCAGGGCUACCGCGUGUCCGCCCAGGACCACAGCGUGGCCACCCAGGACCACGGAGUGUCCACCCAGGGCUACCGCUUGUCCACUCAGGACCACGCAGUGUCCACCCAGGACCUUGGAGUGUCCACCCAGGGCCUUGGAUUGUCCAUCCAGGGCCUUGGAGUGUCCACCCAGGGCUACCGCUUGUCCACCCAGGACCACGGAGUGUCCACCCAGGGCUACCGCUUGUCCACCCAGGACCACGGAGUGUCCAGCCAGGGCUACCGCAUGUCCACCCAGGAUCUUGGAGUGUCCACCAAGGACCUUGGAGUGUCCACCCAGGGCUACUGCAUUUCCACCCAGGGCCAGCGCGUGUCCACCCAGGACCAGCACGUGUCUACCCAUGACCACCACGUGGCCACCCAUGACCACCACGUGUCCAGCAACGGACUCAUAACUUGCUCUAUGGGUUACCUGCACCCUAAGACUGUGGAGCUGCAGCAGAGGUCCUCUUCUGUGGCCACGCAGCAGACCACCGUGUCCUCCAUCCCCUCACACCCCUCUACCACCGGGAAAACGGUGCGCGCCAUGUACGACUACCUGGCGGCGGACCGCGACGAGGUGUCCUUCAAGGACGGCGACGUCAUCCUCAACGUGCAGUCCAUCGACGAGGGCUGGAUGUACGGCACCGUGCAGCGCACCGGCAAGACCGGCAUGCUGCCCGCCAACUACGUGGAAGUCGCUUGAACGCCGCCACGCCCGCUGGGAUCGAUGCAAUGUGUGUGUGUCCGUGUGUGUGGGUGUGUGUGAGUGUGUGUGUCUCAAGUCUGAUCCUUCUAGUCCUCCGACAUGAACGACUCCAACUUGACUCUUUCACCGACUCCUUCGUGGAGAAGACGACUAAAUGUGCCAUGGACUAAGUUGGAAACCUCACCGCUCUUGACGAGUCGGAGGAGAAAAAACUGGAGAGCGUCUCCCACUAUGUAGUCCACUAGCUUGUUUGGGUUUUUGAUGGCGAGGGGACGUCCUUCAGCCCGUAGCGAAUAAAGCCAAGCUCCUGCAGUA